AUGGUUCUUGAAAUCGUCACAGGUAUUAAAUGUAAAGAGUACCCUAAGCACCAUGAUGGAGAUAACCUCUUAUGCGUCAUAUGGAACAAGUGGAAGGAAGGAAACGGGAUGGAGAUGCUAGACCAGGCCAUCAAGGAUUCACCAUCUGGAAAUAAUCUAAGUGAGCUUGAGGUGAUUCGUUGCAUUCAGAUUGGUUUGCUCUGUGUCCAGCAUGACGCAGAGGACAGGCCAACGAUGUUGUCCGUGUGUUUGAUGCUCGAAAGCGAAACGGCCGAUAUCCCCCAGCCUAAAUCGCCUAAGGAGACUGGAUCAUCCUCCUCGUCGCCCAGAGAGCCUCAAGAGUGUGAGUCUUCCUCGAUAAAUCAGAUCACCAUUUCGGCUUUUGACGCUCGCUAG